AUGGAGGAGGAAUUGAAAGCCGUGAAAAAUUCGCUUACUCGUGUGGCUGACACUCUAGAACGAAUCGAAAGUUCUCGUUCUGGCCCAGGUAUGUCAAACUUCUAUGAAUGGUGUGAACAUUAAUGUUUUGUAGAUGAAUAUGGUUUGAUUAUAAAUACGAAGAUUAAUAAUUUAUUUGUGCCUUUAUAUUGUUUGGCGGUUUUGCCGGCACAUGGCGUGAUGGCAGCAAAUUGUUGUUUAUAUUGGUGUUGUCUAAAUUCGUUCAAUCGUUCAUUCAUUUCUGCCAGCCAGCAUUACAGCAAUAAGUAAACAAAACAAGUCACUCAUAUUGAACAAUAUUUUAUUUUAUUGUUGUGCAUAUUGAAUUAUUUAAAUUAUGUUGAUUUUUCUGUGUUGGUGCAAUGUACUCAGGUGAAUAAGAAGCUUGCGAUGUUACUCUGUGUGUAUAUCCACACCGGGAAGGCUUGACAAAUAUACCUGGCCACGGUGGGAAUCGAACCCACGACCUUUGGAAUACUAGCCCACUGCUCUGCCAACUGAGCUACGCGGUCAGGUCGGUACGAGUACGUGAUAUUUUGGAACUGAGUCUAAUUCCUUCGAUAUCAAUGUAAUCUAAUAAUCAUGAUUUUGCUGUGUUGGUGUAGUCCGAUUUGUGUUGGUGUAUAAUCAUGCUUUUGCUGUGUUGGUGUAAUUGGUAAUAUCACGUACUCGUACCGACCUGACCGCGUAGCUAAGUUGGCAGAGCAGUGGGCUAGUAUUCCAAAGGUCGUGGGUUCGAUUCCUACCGCAGCCAGGCAUAUUUGUCAAGCCUGCCCAGUAUGGAUAUACACUCAGAGUAACAUCACAAGCAUCUUAUUCACCUGAGUACAUUACACCAACACAGCAAAAUCAACAUAAUUUAAAAAGUUCAAUAUGCACAACAAUAGAAUAAAAUAUUGUUGAAUAUGAGUGACUUGUUUUGUUUACUUUUUGCUGUAAUGUGCUGUAAUGCUGGCUGGCAGAAAUGAAUGAACGAUUGAACGAAUUUAGACAACACCAAUAUAAACAACAAUUUGCUGCCAUAUCACGCCAUGUGCCAGCAAAACCGCCAAAUGAUAUAAAGGCACAAUUAAAUGAUUCAUCUUCGUAUUUAUAUUAAUAAAUCAAACCAUAUUCAUCUACAAAACAUUAAUGUUGACACCAUUCAAAGAAGUUUGACAUACCUGGGCCAGAACGAGAACUUUCGAUUCGUUCUAGAGUGUCAGCCACACGAGUAAGCGAAUUUUUCACGGCUUGCAAUUCCUCCUCCAUGAUGAAUUUGUCAAUUUGACACGACAAAGAAAGAUUCAAAGAUUCCAAGUAUUUCAAAAUGACGUCAUUAUGACAAAGUUUGUAUGACGUAAUUUUGGCGGCUUUUAUACAAGCGGCGGCAAAUCGCAAUUUUCAACUUGACAAAUCGCAAUUUUCAACUUGAUAAAUCGCAAUUUUCAACUUGACAAAUCGCAAUUUUCAACUUGACAAAUUGCAACUUCGAAUUUAACAGAUCGAAACUUUCAACUGUGCAAAUCGCAACUUUCAGUAUAGCAAAUCGCAACUUUUCAUAUUUAGACUUUUCCAUCAAGUUCAUCGUUGCGUGCAGGAAAGUCGUUAAAUGUUUGUGUGGUAAACAAUUGCCAAAAGCCGUAUGAAAAAAUUAUGGGCAAAAUUAAAUGUCGAUUCCCCAUAUUAAAAGUCGAAUUGCAAUAUUGAUUUUUGGCGGUGAUGGAACGCCAUAAAUAUAGGCUACUGAUCAUGAGAUAUACACUCAUUAUACUCAUUAUAUACUCACGCCAAUAAUAUACUCAUUUUUUAUUAAUAUGGGAUCAAAUUUGUCUUUUCAGUUGUUUAUAGUCGAUAACGAGUUCUUUACAUUUAUCAGAAUUAAGUUGUAACUUAUUCUUAGAUGAUCAACUCUCAAUUUCUUUGACAUGUUAUUGUAUUUAACUGGCACUUCCUUUUGCCGGACUAUUUUGGAAACAGUAAUGUCAUCAUCAUAUCGAACUUUUAGGUUGGUAAAUUUCUCACUUCUAAAUCGUUAUUCAUCAACAAAAAGAGCCAAGGCCCCAACUUAGUGUCUUGUGGCAAACCUGAUGGAACGUCUCGAUGAAUCGUUCGAGCUCUUUAUUCUUUGAUAUCUGUCUGUAAGAAAAUCUCUAACAUAACAAAAUAUUUCAUAUGCAUGGUAUGUCUAGACUGAUAGGUAUGUCUAGAUGCCUGCAUGGUAAAUAAAAAACUUGGUAUAGUCAUAUAGCACAAUUCUCACCGCUGUAAUCUCGUUCCCUGAGCCUGUGAUCCUUGGGAAGGAACGUGAGGCUCUGGGAUAAACCGUUUCAGGGAGGAAUCUGAUUGGCCGUUGAUAUGGAAUGCGCAACGCAAUUGGUUCUAACCAAUUUGGUGCUAUUCCUAAAUCCUCAACCACUGAAGCUCUGAUCUCCAUGAUUCAUGAAUGGGAAAAAGCUACGGAUGGUACUUCUGCAGCGGUGACAAUCUCGUUCCCCGAGCCUGCGAUCCUCGGGAAGGAACGUGAGGCUCUGGGAUAACCUUAAAGGAUUUUUUAAGAUUGCUGGAGCGAUGUACCUCGUCACAACAAAUUCCUCAGCGACUUUUGAAAUCGUCAAUGUUAAGGAAAUUGGUCGGAGGUGUUUAUUUAAUGUUAGUAACCGGUUUGAGUAGGUAUAUAGGGCAACCUCGUCCCCAGCCCUGGGAAGGAGGUUGAUAUAUAGGGGUGACGUUGGCAAACCUCCAGAUAGUAGGAAGCUUCAUUCCCUGGUAAGAACUAUUUAGUAUGGAGCAAAUUGGUAUGGUUUAAAGUUCAGCAUAAUCUCAAAGAGCCAGUUCGGAAUUUCGUCAGAACCGGAUGCUUUCCGCGGAUUUAAGUUACCGAGAACUUCAAUAUAAACCUCAAAUUCAGUAUUUAAAACCAAAGAGAAAUUCGAAGAUUGGUCAUCUGUAUCACAAGUAUCACUGGCGCUAGAAGAUUCAUACUGGAGCAAUGGAUUUAAGAAAGCUUCAUUCAUAUACGGUGUGCAAUAUUUUCAAGCGAAUCGUUUUCAGUUUGGUUCAAUUGUAAUUGAUCGAACAAUUUUUCUGCUUCUGAGGCUGCAACCAUACCCGAAAUUGCUCUUACUUACUUCCACUAAUGAGAUGGUUUAGACUCUUUUAGAUAUUUUACUUUUAGUGAAAUUCGGGCUGCGAGCAGGCUAGGAUAAUACCUACUUCGACACUUUUCCCGUUCAGUUUUAAUUAACACGAUUACAGUAAAAUCUAUACAAGUCUAGCUUUCUUAUGAAAUGCUCGUUGACGGCAUUUUAUAUAACAUCUCUUAAGGUCAGCAGUAAUCCAGGGUGGAUCGUUAAUAUGGACUUUCUUUCCUUUAAUUUGCAUUAGGAUGUUAAGACCUGUAUUAAUAAAAUUUGUGGAUAAAUUAUUUUCCGCAUGUAAAGGUUUAGACACGAUAACAGACCGGAAAUUAAUAGAAUUUAAAAAUCUUCCUCGUUCUUGUUUUCCACUCGGUCGGGUGUCUCUUGUUUUUAUCACUGUUUGAUUAAAAUCUCCUGAUAACAGGAUUCCACAAAUUGGAUACUGACCUUUGAUUUCAAUAUAAUUAAGGGACUUUAAUAGAUAGUCUAACAUUCUCUUAUAAUCGGCGAUGGGAGGGUGAUAUGCAGCCUAGUGCCUAGUCGUUCUGCAGCUUUCACCAACGAAAAACGAACCGAUAAAACUGGCUUAGUUAUGACGUCAUUAGUUGUGAGAUGUCAUUAGAUCACCGCGCAUGGUGCUGUAAGGCGUCCAAGGUGUUCCCGCGCCGUCCCUUCCACACAGCUAUCUCUCUCCCACCACAAAUACAACUUCGUACCUCUAUGAAUCAAGCAUAGUAAGCGCGCGCGCGAGAGAGAGCCUAGGGCUAUAGGGUGGGUGAUAUGCAGUUCUAGUAGUAUAAUGCACCAAAAUCCAUCUAUGAAACUCGCGCCAGUCUCCUUUCCCGAACCAUACACAGUAUAGUCGACAGAAUGUCGUUUUUAGCCACCGAUGUAGGAUAUCUAGUUUUAUGAUGACGUAAAAGUUUCUUACAACAAAAUAACAUAUCCGUUUUUGCGAAUUAGGUAGCAUUCAUUUUUUAGCUGGGGGGGGGGGGGCGGAGGAACUGAUGUUUAAUUCCAUGCUAAAACUUGGAACCCCCAAGAGAAAAGUUGAUAAAAAAUUAUGCCCCCCUAUUUUUUUUACUGAAAAAUUUUUUGACCUCUCAUCCCAACUUUUCAUAAUCCACACGGUGUCGUUUCCGUAGCGGUUCACGGCCGUAGGAAGUUCUUUUUGAUUGGGGGGCUGAAAGCGAGGGCCGAAGGCCCGAGGAAAUUUUUAAAUCUAGAGUCUCUGAAAUGCCAUUUCCUGGACUUUGGGGAAGAUUUGACAGAAUUCUGAUGGUCAGAAAACAGCGUUUUAGUAUGUCGAAAUUGACAAUUUGGUAGUACUAAAUGGGCGAAGGCGUAUUUAAUUAACUAUAUAUUGGAUAACUAGGAUACGUUGCAGGAAACUGUGGGUACUAUCUUCAUUCUUUGCAGUUUGUCAUGGAUAAUGUAGCUGCUUAAAUUAAUAAAGCUUAAAAUUGAUGCAUGAUUUUGAAAUCAUGCAGACCUUGAAACCAUGCAUGAUUUUGAAAUCUUUCAUUCAUGUUUUCACACAAAAACGGAUAAAAACGAGGUCAAUUGACGAACGUCAUGGAAAUGUUUUCCUAUGGACUGUGUGAACAGAGCAUCAAAUGAAUUUUUCUUCAUUGUUAAAGAUGACGAGAUAGUUGAUAGUUUGUAGACUUUUUUACCAUUCUUGAUCCAAAUAUUUCCAAAUUCUAUAAAAUUUUAUUGGUGAUUUUUUCACUGAUUAUUUUUAUGACCCCCUCCAUUUAUACCAAAACUAUAAAAAGACCCACCCCUUUGAAGCAUGUCAAAAUUGGCUGACCCACCCCCAAAUUCCUCCGGCCCAACCCCCCUCCCCAGCUAAAAAAUGAAUCCUUCCUUAAUCGACAUAUUAUUACCGCAAAUAUUGGCAAUAAAACAAUUAUAGACACUCUGUAGAGACCUAUAUAUUCUGCGAUAAUAGAAGCCUAUAUAUACACAAAUUUAACGAUAGGUGAAAGUAAGUCUAAAUGUAUGGAAUUCGUUAAUUUAAGCACUAUACAUAUUACUAGAAUUUAAAUCGCAAGAAAAGUGCUUUCUCACCCCCAAGGGAUGGUACCAUGCACAUUUUGCUGAAUAAUGGGCUGUUUAUACGAUCCCGCUUUGCCAGGACGAGAUAUGAGGCAGGAUGAUUUCGAUGUAUUGAAAUGAGUCACAGUGAAAAAUUCAGCAAAAAAAAACAUUAUUCUCUAGAGAUACACAUAGAUUAUAGUUAACUGUAAACGAAAGGUUGUUCAAGCAGCAAUAAUAAUCCUCUUGAACUACAAGAUCUUCUCUUCAAUAUUUGAAUUCUGUUAACCAGCAUUUAAACUUUUGUUUAACCUAGUGACUUAUUCCAACACAUCAAAAAUCAUUCCAUCAUGUAAACACCCUACGACGCCUGUUUAGGAGGUAGGAAAAGUGCAAUUUAAAUAUCAAACACCUUGCACAAGGUUGAAGGUCAGCUAACUCUUUUAAUUCUACUUUCUUGCAAUUGGCAUGGGCAGUUUUAUAUGAAUACCUUCUCAACGUUUAAUAUAACUUCUUGCUUUUGCAUGUAUAAUAUAACACUGCCAGUGGUGAAGCUAGCCAUAGCAACAAGUCAUGCUAUGCAAGUUUCUAAUGAUUUGCAUUAUUCAAAUAGAUGCAGGUUUACUGGCGUGGCAUGCCCAGUUGCCAUGGUUGAUGAAGAGUGUGUAACCCUGGAGGAGUUUAUUGAGGGAGAGUUUGUCAAAUAUAUAAACAACACUGGGAAAGCUUGCGUACCUGAUAAUGAUAUAAUGGGUCCAAAGGCACAGUGUUUAGCAUAAGAAUCAGUGAUAUUCGUAAUACCUGUUUAUGUUAAUGACAAGUUUGCCUUCUUGUGUGUAUGAUAAAGAAGUUUUCCUAGACAAGGUUCCCGUGAUAAGUUUUGUUUCUUGUCUGCAUGGAAUGUUGUUAAACAUUUAUCUCCAAAAGUUGACAUGACAUAACUAGCAUUGGAACAAGGCUCAUUAGCAAGGAAAAAAUGUCCUUUUUUGCUGCAGACAAAAGCAAAUAAAACUUGUCAAGGGAAACUUGCUCAACUGUACUAAGCUUUAUUGGGUUAAAGAUGAGGAUGUGGUACAAUCCAUUCGCACUGGAAAUUACAAUGUGCACACCAGACUGUACUGCAUCCUAUACUGCAUCAAUCUUGGGAUGGCAUUUUGUAAGUAUGACUUUACAGGCACAAUGAGGGGCUUUCCUAGGUCCCAGACUUCUCAUAUGUGAAAACAUGCUGAAAUUAAAACUAUUCCAUAGACUGAAAUAGAUAUCUAGGCUAGUUCUUGUUAAUUCUACGUUUAAUUUAAGUAAUAAGACUUAUCAAUUGGACAUGUCUAUACUGUCUUUCAAAUAACAAAAUACAUCUGCAUAUUGAUUUGUUAAUCUGUUACCUUGUUUGGAAUCAUAAACCUUUUUAUAAUAUAGCAUUUGUAAAUUCUGAACGCUGAUUGGCUAAGAGCCGUGUUGAUAUAACUCCAUGUCAACACGGGAAAUUUUCCGCCGCUUGUAACACGGAAAUUUUUUUUAUUCUUCGGGCUUUUGACAUUGCUAUAUUAUAAAACAAAUAUAAAACAUUUUUUAAGGAAUGAUAUAUAGUUGUAUCAACACUCGUGGAAGUUGGGAAAACUCGAAAUUGUGUGAAAACACUCCGCCCUUCGGGCGUCGUGUUUCCACACAAUUUCUCGUUUUCCCAAUUUCCACUCGUGUUGAUAUAACUGUAUAUCAACACGGAAAAUGUUUUAUAUUUGUUAAGUAUUUAAUCAGUUCAAAUAUAGUAUGUCUUUGCGCUUGUGAUGUACUAAUUUAAGGGCCAACUUGCUGUUUUGCGCCUGCUCCAGGGCACUGUAAUGUUCUACAUUACAUUACAUAUUAAUAACAAAGCGUAAAGAUAAUUAUGUUGCUUUUAGCACACACUAGUUCAUUUGCAAUUGUAAUAUAAUUCAUUUUAUCUCAUGAAGAGUGCAGUUUUUAGAUCAGUUCUUAUUAUCUACUCUAUAUAUUCUCACAUAUCAUAAUAAUUAUUAUGUAUUUAUAGUCUCUAGUACGAACUCACCUAAAAAUUCUUCCUGGAAAUGUUGGCGGUGAGGGGGGCUCAGGGUGUACGAGGAAAAGAAAAAUAAUAAACCUGCCUGUUUUCUUUCACCUUUCCUGCAUGAAUCUUUCCGCCAAAUUUAUCCAAUAUUUACAUAAUAUAUUUCAAAAUUUGGAAUCUUAUCCAUUUUCUAAGAAUGGUUUGGCACCCCUUCUCCGUGUGUGUUUUGUUGCAUUUGUUCUGGAAUAGGUCACUAACGCAAUUGGCUAACGCCCUGUUUGUAUUUUCCUGGUUUAUGUUCGUGUUAAUGGAAAAAAAAUACCAUUAAAUUUUAGUACAUAUUACCGUGGGUACAUAUAGUUCUUAUUUUAAUUAAUCUCGUGUUGUUUAUAGUGUUCGCUUAGCCUUCUUAAUACAUUUUUUACCGUUUUAAUGAAUGCUUUAAUUAAUUCCUCUUGAAAACAUGUACAGUGUUGCACUAUAUAAAAUCUCCCGAAUGUUUAGAUACAUAGGAAACCAUGCACGAUUAUUUUUUAUCUCACUUGGCACCUUCAAUUUUGCUGAUUUCAUUUGCAUUACAGCCAUUCCACUCAGGUUACAAGGACCAUCAACUAUUAAUGGUACUGGUCGUGUGGAAAUAUUAUACAAUGGGCAAUGGGGAACGAUCUGUGAUGAUGAUUGGGACAUAAAAGAUGCUAGAGUUGUAUGCCGUCAACUUGGAUAUAAAUAUGGUGUUAGAGCUCUUCAAGGAAGUCAGGUUCCUGAUGGUUCUGGACAGAUAUGGUUAGAUGACGUGCGCUGCACUGGGAGUGAACAAAGUUUGAGUGACUGUCUCCAUUCUGGUUGGGGAAAUGAAAAUUGCGGGCAUAGUGAGGACGCUGGAGUUGAAUGUUCUUCAGUAG